AUGAAAAGCAUUUUAUUAAAUAUAUCCUUAAAACGAAUUAAUCACGACAAGUAUGAAUUAAAAAUUAAUAAUAAAAAAGAAGAUUGUGAUGAAUUAAGAUUUGACCAAAUUUCUACAUUAUGUCGUAAUUGGACUAUUAUCGAAAUAAUUUGGAAAAAUUCAAAUAAUUAUUUUCAAAAAUUUAACUAUAUUUAUUUAAAAAUAUUGAUUCCUAAAAUGAUUUAUGAAAAUUAUUUAAAAACUUUUAUAUAUUAUUAUUUUCAUCCAAGUGAUUUUAUUGAAAAUUUAAAUUCUGAUCAAUUUUGUCUAAUAGAAGAAGAUUUUAGUUUAACUUAUGCUCUUCAUAUAAAUAGAGAAAAGAAUGAGAAUACGAAUUUUCGUAGACCAAUCAUGUAUCCUGAUAAUGAUGGACACAUUACCGAAUAUACACAAAUCAAGUUAAGCAGUAAACAAAAUGCUCUUCUUGAUAGAAAAUACUGGGAAUUUUUGAAGCAGCAUAAAUUUAUUCUUGAUAAAGAAAACAAUAUUAUCGAAGAAAUUAGCAAAGAAUAUUUACUCGAAUUACUUUAUCCAGAAGCUAAAUUAGCUAAUAUUAGAUUUAAGAAUGGUUACCCAUUCGAUUUACGUGAAUGUAAUAUCAAGAUUGUUUAA